AGCCCCAGGCCGAGUCUCUGAUUCCGGGGAGGGGAGGCCACUGCGCCCUGGCUGGAGGAACCUGGGGCUCCUGCCGCCGUCCACUCGCGCGUGAGGAUUGAGCUGAGGCUAAGAAAUGGCGUUUCAAAAGGCAGUGAAAGGGACUGUUCUUGUUGGAGGAGGUGCCCUGGCUACAAUCUUAGGACUCUCUCAAUUUGCUCAUUACAAAAGGAAGCAAGUGAACCUAGCCUAUGUGGAAGCAGCAGAGUAUGUAACGGAACUUGUUAACAGAGAGCCUCCCUCCAGAGAAGCUCAGCUUCUGACUUUGAAGAACACAUCCGAAUUUGACAUCCUGGUUAUCGGAGGGGGAGCAACCGGAAGUGGAUGUGCACUAGAUGCCGUCACUAGAGGACUAAAAACAGCCCUUGUAGAAAGAGAUGAUUUCUCAUCAGGGACCAGCAGCAGAAGCACUAAAUUGAUCCACGGUGGUGUGAGAUAUCUUCAGAAGGCCAUCAUGAACUUGGAUAUGGAGCAGUAUAGGAUGGUGAAAGAAGCCCUUCAUGAGCGUGCCAACCUGCUAGAAAUUGCUCCUCAUUUAUCAGCCCCAUUGCCUAUAAUGCUUCCAGUUUACAAAUGGUGGCAGUUACCUUACUACUGGGUAGGAAUCAAGAUGUAUGAUCUGGUGGCAGGAAGCAAUUGCCUGAAAAGCAGUUACGUUCUCAGCAAAUCGAAAGCCCUUGAGCAUUUCCCUAUGCUUCAGAAGGACAAACUGGUAGGAGCAAUCGUCUAUUAUGACGGACAGCACAACGAUGCACGGAUGAACCUAGCCAUUGCACUCACUGCUGCCAGGUACGGGGCUGCCACAGCCAAUUACAUGGAGGUUGUACGCUUGCUCAAGAAGACAGACCCCCAAACAGGCAAGGAGCGUGUGAGCGGAGCACGGUGUAAGGAUGUACUCACAGGGCAAGAAUUCGAUGUGAGAGCCAAAUGUGUUAUCAAUGCUACAGGACCUUUCACAGAUUCUGUGCGCAAAAUGGAUGAUAAGAACUCACCACCUAUCUGUCAAGCCAGUGCUGGCGUCCAUAUUGUCAUGCCUGGCUACUACAGCCCUGAGAGCAUGGGACUUCUAGAUCCAGCAACUAGUGAUGGGCGAGUUAUUUUCUUCUUACCCUGGCAAAAGAUGACCAUUGCUGGCACUACUGAUAGUCCAACAGACAUCACACCCCAUCCUAUUCCUUCCGAAGAAGAUAUCAACUUCAUUCUGAAUGAAGUGCGCAACUAUCUGAGUUGUGAUGUUGAAGUGAGAAGAGGGGAUGUCCUGGCAGCCUGGAGCGGUAUUCGGCCCCUUGUUACAGAUCCCAAUUCCGCAGACACACAGUCCAUCUCCAGAAACCACAUUGUGGACGUCAGUGAGAGUGGGCUCAUCACCAUAGCAGGUGGGAAGUGGACAACGUACCGGUCCAUGGCAGAAGACACUAUUAAUGCUGCAAUCAAGGUUCACAAUUUGAAAGCAGGGCCAAGCAGGACAGUUGGUCUUUUCCUGCAAGGAGGCAAAGAUUGGAGUCCCACCCUCUACAUCAGGCUUGUCCAGGAUUAUGGACUGGAAAGUGAGGUGGCCCAGCAUCUCUCCACCACCUAUGGUGACAAAGCUUUUGAGGUGGCUAAAAUGGCAAGUGUAACUGGAAAAAGGUGGCCUAUUGUUGGUGUACGCCUUGUGUCAGAAUUCCCAUAUAUUGAAGCAGAGGUAAAAUAUGGAAUUAAGGAGUAUGCCUGCACUGCAGUGGAUAUGAUCUCACGUCGCACUCGCCUGGCCUUUCUCAAUGUCCAGGCUGCGGAAGAAGCCCUUCCCAGGAUCGUCGAACUGAUGGGCAGAGAACUGAAUUGGAGUGAUUCUAAAAAACAGGAGGAACUUGAAACAGCCAAGAAGUUUUUAUAUUAUGAAAUGGGCUAUAAAUCUCGGUCUGAACAAUUAACAGAUCGUUCUGAAAUUUGCCUCCUGCCUUCAGACAUUGACAGGUACAAGAAGAGAUUUCAUAAGUUUGAUGCAGACCAAAAAGGCUUUAUUACCAUUGUUGAUGUUCAGCGUGUAUUAGAGAAUAUCAAUGUACAAAUGGAUGAAAAUACACUACAUGAAAUUCUUAAUGAAGUAGAUUUGAACAAAAAUGGGCAGGUUGAACUCAAUGAAUUUUUACAGCUGAUGAGUGCUAUUCAGAAAGGAAGAGUAUCUGGAAGCCGACUUGCUAUACUCAUGAAAACUGCAGAAGAAAACCUGGACCAAAGAGUUCCAAUUCCGGUGGACCGCAGUGGUGGAGGAUUGUGAGUCUGACCAGUAAAAUCCACAGCCAACCUACACAGAAAUGACAAAUUAUGAUGUAGCAAGCAGAGAUGACUUAAAUCAAUUUAACAUCAUGGUUGUGGUAGCUUUUUUUUAACACUGGAAAACAUUCCAAAAUUUUGGGUGUUGGUAUAUUUGCCAACGUAAUUUGCCAAUACUUUAUUUUACUUGCCAUUCAGUCGAGCUUCUAAAAAGUGUAUUUUCUCAUUUUCAGUGCACAUUGAUUUGAUGUUUUGUAUCCAUUUUGUGACCUGUUAGACUUGACAUUCUUCCUUUCUGUUUAUCCACUUAUUCUAAAUCAAUUCUGGAGGCAGAAUAUUUUGGCAGAAAGAGAAAAAGAAAAAAAGAAAAAAGGGUGGAAAAAAUUCUGUGACAUAUACCACGCUCUGGAUGUUAAGCUUGUAGAUAGCAUUUUUUUUU